AAAUUUUUUUUAUUUAAUAAAUUCUACAAAACCAUCAAGAUGUAAUUUUUCUCACCUUCUCAAUUUCAUAUUUAGUUUUGUUCUCUUUUAACUUUAGAUUUAAAUAUCGAAUUCGAAAAAAUGUCCUUCCCAAAGAACAUUUUUACUACUCUUCAACUCUUGUAUGAAGAGAUUAUCAACUUAAAAAAAAUAAAUUCGGACUUUUUGUUGGCGGUAAAUGAGCUGAAGGUGGAGAACAAAACAUUAAAGGAGAAAGUGGAAAAACUCGAGUCUAAGCUGAAUUGGAGAGAGCAGAAGCAUCUACAAAACGCAAUUGAAAUUGCUGGCAUACCAAAACUUAGCAAUGGCAAUGCUGACUCUUGUAUGCACAAGAUCGUAAAUAAGGUGUUGGGUGUUUCUGCCAAUGCUGAAAGCAUAGAAAAAUGUUUUGUAAGGAGAGUAAAACCUAAGAGCGCAGGUACAUCUUCUCGCGAUAUUCUCUGCGUUUAUUUCUCUUCCUUUAACUUAAACAAGUAAUUUUUAGAAAAAAAAAAACCGACUUCAACUUUCAUAUAAAAAG